UGUCAUGUCACUUCUCUUUGCUUUUUGCCUUUUAUUUGCUUUUGCCUUUUUAUCUACAAGAGAAAAAAAUUACAUAUGGGAGUGAUGCAAGAAAUGAUGUCAUUUGGGUCCCUAAAUCACCCCAAGCCAUUCAGAACAAUCUCUUACUCACAUAUUCUUGGUCGCUGAUCUUAACCUAUUAACAGAUGCAAAAGGGUUUCCAGGACAUCACGUGUUUGUAGCUACAAACCAAUUUACUACUGCCUGGUCUCUCAAAAUAGUUUUGACUCUUUGGUAAACUCAGCUCUGUGACGUUCAGCUGCAAGCAAGGAGUUAAAAGCAAAAAUUAUGAUUUAGUGGAGAACUGGGCCUGCAGAACAAAUCUGUGGUUUAGAGCCAUCCUCAGGCAUGGUGAUUUGGGGAAAGGGGAGUCUGGGUGUCCAUAAUCUCACAUGCUCAUGGGGACACAAACCCAUUUCCCAGCAAAGCCAAGCUCUUUGCCAGACAGGGCUGGUCUCCCCUUUGCUACCCAUUUCAUCCACGCUGAAUCCUUUCCACACUGGAAUAACUGGAGAAGAGCCUUGCAGCAGCACUCUGUGCUCAGGGUCUCACUCAGGGCACCGUGUUCUUUCCUCACCCCCAUCUCCAAAUGCUGUUUCCCAGGUGACCUGACCCCCAAGGCAGAGGAGGGCUUCACUUUGACACUGGACAGCUUCCUUCACGUCCAGCAGCUCAGGAAGAGGAGGCUGAGAGCUUUCUGCAGCCGAGCAGGCAAAGUCACCGCGCUGCCGAGCAGCCGGGAUGAGAGAGCCUCCCUGCUCCCGAGCCUGAGGGUGAACACCAGGCUGGACCUCCUGUACUGCCACGUGCCAUCAGCAGGGGUGGAGGAAUGGCACCAGCUUUUGGAGAAGCUGAAGGAGGAAAAUGUGACGCUGCCAGUGCUGCUCCCCUACCGCCGGCUGCAGGCUAAGGAGACGCGGCUGAGCGAGUUCAACCAGACGGAGAGAAAGGCCAUGCUGGGCUCCUACACCAAAGUGCUCUUUGUCAGGGACCCUUUCCACAGGCUCAUUGCCACCUUCCUUCAAGGCAUGGGCAUCAACCCAUCCUUCAGCAGCUUUGUCCAGGAGGUCCUAGACAGCACAAAGGUACACGAAGCUUGGAAACCGCUGGUGAGCCUGUGCCAGCCCUGCCUCGUGCAGUACGACUACGUGGUGAUGUUUGGCUUCCUCAGGCAGGAGCUGGGCCACCUGCUGCACCGGGCUGGGCUGCCUGCAGGCAGCCUCCUCCCCGAGCUCACCGACAGCCAGGUGCAGUGGACCUACAGGUGGCUGUCAGAGCAGAUGUUCAGCGAGCUGUCUGCCCAACAGAAGCAGCAGCUGUCUCAUUUCUACCGCUGGGACCUCGCUGCUUUCCCAUUUUCCAGCAGUUUCCUGGCAGACCAUCCCAGCACUGCAGAGACCUGGCAGAAAUAGCCUGCAUGGAGGGAGGAACUGCUUCAGGGAGCAUUAAACCAAAAGCAGGUACUUCAAGAUACUGACAGGCCUUUGCUUCACAGCUGCUUGCAGUGAGUUUUUCCAUGUCACAGUCCAAAAGACUCAGUCAGAGAGCUGAGACACAGCAGUGUCAGGGCCAGGGGAUCAACGUGAUUGAAUCAUGUUUAAAUGCAACAAGAGAAGGCACUAGGAAAACCUGUGGCACUGGACUUGGAAAACAGCAUGAACUGAACUGUGAUGAGAUAAACCCAGGAGUUUGGGGUAGGGUGGGUUGGACCUGCUGCAGACCACUAUAGCAUCACACACACUGUGCCUGCGCUGAUAUUUCCUUUUCUGGGCUCCAGGAGGCUUGGCAAUGGCUUCUUCCUGACAAAUCUUCCCACUCAGAUACAAGAAGUGCUCCCAUAGGAGCAUGUCACCUGGAGGCUGAGAUGUGACACAGGGUGGCACACCCUGCUGGGGAUCCACUGGCAAUGUUCCCAAUCUUUUCAUGCUCAGGGAAGGUCAAGCCCAGCCCAUCAUUUGGUCGGUUCUGUUCUGUGUGAACUGUUCCUGUUUUACAGCCUCAUCUCCUCUGUGUGUGGGCUCAAGUGGGCCUUGGGACCCAGUGCUUGCUCCAUUCACAGGUUUUGAGUUUGGCUCCCCUCCUUCCAGGGCUGACUCCAAUGGACCAAGUCCAGCAUUCAGCUUGGUGCACUAGCCCCGAGACGAGAAGUAUCAGUGUGGACCAGGUACACAGCACCAGACAGACUGCCUCCCACCUUGUGUCAGCAGCUGCUGCUGGGCCCUGUGAAGGUGGCUAGAAGCAUCAGAAUGCAUCACUGUGCUGCAGUGGAAAACAGGAUGUGGCUACUACAGGCUGCUGGCAGAGAAGCACAAGGACUGACUCUGCUUUCUUUUAGACACGGUGCCAGCAUGGCCAGACAGAGGCCCAGUCUCUGCAGCUGGCUCUCAGCUCCAUCCAGCUGGGCAGCCCAGAGCAAGGACCUGCCCUCUCCCUGCUUUGGUCACCGAGCUGAUCUGACUCACAGGCCCUAGGAAAGCUCCAUCUUUGUCAAGCAAACACCAAGGAUGAGCUGUCUAGAUUUCGAAUCCUACCAGACUCUAACCAUAGCAUAUUCUUUUCCAGAGUAUUUAGCAGCUUUAUUUUGCCACGUUGUGACAUUCACAGAGAAUUCCACGUACAUUCAUGGUACCGUUUUGACAGUGCUCAUUAAAGAAUGUUAGUGAAAACUGUUGAUUAGAACUGACCUAAAACAAUUACCAGAAUCUUGGCCUCCCUCUCACAGAAGGCCAUGCAAUUAAUAGCAUUAAAACAUCAGAUCAGCUGGGCUCCUUUCACACUCCCACACACCCUCCAGCUGCAGUAAUUACUAUUUAAGCACUGUUAUUGUGCGCAGUACUUUACAGUCUAGCAAGAUGGCAUAGUUCCUCUUCUGAGACAGACUUCUGGAGGAAGAAAAGCUGCAAAUUUCCAAUUAUAUGCCAUUAAAUUAGAGUCUUGCAUCCAUGCUUUAUUUCACUGGAAAGUACUACCAAAGGAACAUUUUUCUCUUCAUGAGUAGCUUUCCCUCCAGUGACAGUGAGCUGAGACCCCACACAGUGAGGUGUAGAGUGAGGAGAUGGGACACAGCACCUGGCAGGGGACAGGGGUGUGCACUCAGGGCAGGAGAGCUGCUCCCCACAGCUUUGUAGUGCAGAGCACACUCAGGUCAGGGAUCUUCUUUUCCUGCCAGCCCUCCCCAGUGGGUCCCAGUCCUUUCCUAAGGUGGCAGGCACUUAGUUCCAUGAAAAGAAUGUAUGAAAUUUUCAGACAUUGAGAGGUGACAUGAAAACCUCAGCUUCAUGUUCCUUAGAGUCCCACAGCACAGGCAGGUAGCACAAUGAUCUUUCUGUAAAUUCCUGUUAAGCUCCAAGCUUCCCUUUUCCCUACACCCUCACAAUCAGUUGCUGUCAUUACUUUGCAGCACUGAUUUUAUACCAUUGCCGUCCCCAGGUGUUUGAUUUAAUUCCCAUUCAAUUCCAGUGCACCCCAAAAGGCAAGUGUUUCCUCUCUCCAUCAGCUGGGGGAGGGUAUCAGGAGGGCCAGGGCUGCUGCCUGGCCAAGAGUGGCUCACUGAUGCUGCAGCAAAACUGGCUGCACAGGUCUGCCCUGAAGAGCCUGCUCUGACCACUGCAUGUACACAGAACCUGCCAAAUGCACUUCCAAUAAACUCACAAAGCAAAUAGCAAACAGACACUUGACACAUCUAAUUUAAAAACGUUUCACCUGACUCUGUCAGACACUCACAAACCCAUCCUGAAAUGAUGAAAACUCCAAAAGCAGGGAGAUAAAGAUCACUUAUUCAUCCUGCUAGUGACAUCCCAGCAUCUCCCAGGACCAUCACAAACAGCAGGCCUGUUGUGAACACUGGCAGCUUUCCCCUGGGAUGGCACUGGGAGCUCCUUGAUAUCCCACUCUGCCUGUGUGUCUCCAUGCUCUGCUU